AUGGCCAUGAUCGGUCUCCCUAUUCAGUCAGGCGUCUAUCCUGGGCCUCUACUUGAAAAACUCGCCACUGACGGUGGCACCGAGUCCGCCCGUGUGACGCUGGGCUACAAGGACAGAAACAGCAAGAAGAAUGUCCUUGUUGACAUCUCCGACCCGGGCGUGCUCGUAAGGAGCAAUGGCCGCGACUUCCCUAGAGUCACCAGCCUCCUGGAUGACCUCCGUUAUAGCGGCUUUAGUCACCACCUGGAGGGCACCUGCAGAUCAAGUUCCUGA